AUGGAAGUUUUCGAGUCGAAAAUCGACGAGCUGAUUGACUUGCGUGAUGGUUUUUUCGAGAAGUAUCCCAAUGGUACCGAAGCUGAACGGGUAAAAACGGUCAGGGAGAGAGCCUUGCUGCUUUUAGAGGAUGUUCCAUUGUCCGGAUUUCCUCGGUCCGCUGUCAGAUAUCUCCAAAAGCAGUCCUCACAGUUAGCGCUUGAAGCUGUAACGCUCGAUCCAAGCUCUGGCCUAGCCCAUUGCUGUUUAGGAAAUUCACUUUUCCUGGAGUUCUUCAAUACAGGACAAGUAAACGAAGAUUUGCUGGUUAGUUUGAGUAGGUUUCAUAUUCCAUUCAGGCGUAGAAGAUUGAUUUGA